AUGAUGGUGGUGGUGAUGAAAGUGGUGAUGACGGUGAGGAUGCAGAUGAUGAUGGUGGUUGACCUCAUCUUUAACUGGUUACAUCUGCAAAGACCCUGUUUCCAAACAAGGUCACAUUCACAGGUUUUAGCCAUCAUCCUCUUCAUCAUCACCAUCACCAUCAUCAUCGUCAUUACCAUCACCACCAUCAUCAUCCUCUUCAUCAUCACCAUCAUCAUCAUCAACAUCAUCACCACCAUCACUGUCGUCAUCAUCAUCACCAUCAUCAUCCUCUUCUUCAUCACCAUCAUCAUCAUCGUCACCAUCACCAUCACCAUCAUCAUCAUCAUCACCAUCAUCAUCAUCAUCAUCCUCUUCAUCAUCACCAUCAUCAUCAUCAACAUCAUCACUAUCACCACCACCAUCAGCAUCAUGAUCAUCACCACCAUCAUUGUCUUCACCACCAUCACCAUCAUCAUCACUAUCACUACCACCAUCACCACCAUCAGCAUCAUCAUCACCACCAUCACUGUUACCAUCACCAUCAUCAUCAUCACUAUCACUACCACCAUCACCGUCAUCAUUGUCAUCACCAUCAUCACCGUCAUGAUCAUCAUCCAUCAUCAUUAUCUGUAUUAACAAGGAACUUCUAUGAAUACAGGAAGUGAGGAAGGCUUUGGGAGAAGGAAAAUGGGGAAAUACUACUGAAGAGAAGGUCCUUUUUGGCACCUUACACUCAAUACCAGCCGCCUCCCACUGCCUCUGCACGUAGAACCAGAACUGUGCCCUCUGCUUCCCGUGAGUGUCAAGUUAACCUCACUGCAGUCGGAGAACCAAGAUACCUCUGUUGCUAUACCCUGUUCACUUAAAAUGA